AUGGAGAACGAGUUACUGUCCAAGGCAUGGGUAGCAGCGUAUGAGGAUCCGAUCAAGGGUAGUGGCCAAACCUCGACAACAUUCUGGGACACAGUAACCCAUCGUUUCAACGAGAUUAAGCCAGAAGACCGCCCGCAACGCACGGCAAGGGCUCUCGAAUCAAAGUUUGCAGACAUCAAGCAUGCUGUCAGCAAGUUCACUGGUUGCUACACCCAAGUACAAGACCUUCAAGCAAGUGGAACGAACAUCGACGACGUCGAAGAUGCGGCAAGGGCACUCUACUUCAAGACCACCACUUCCACGACGGGUAGUGGACGCAAUUUCAAGUACAUGGUGUGUUGGCGAGUCCUGCGCGACAAGCCAAAAUGGAAAGCGUAUCGGGAAAAUGGCUUCGGCAUCAAGAAAUCAACCAAGCAUUCUAAAUUGACUGGCGAAGACAAUAAUUUGGACGGCUCCAAAUUGUUGUCUUCGACAGUAAAUUUGGAAUCUUCGGAAGGCCGUCCGCAAGGAGCGAAGGCAGCGAAGCGCAAACGUUUGAGUAUAGAGGACAUGCCUCAAGCAAGUGUUGACAUGGGUGGGCUCGCUGCUGCAAUUAAUCGCAAAGCAAAUGACCAAUCCACCGUCGCGAAUCUCCAAUUGUUCACAACACCGACGGAAAACCUGACGCCUAUGGCCCUUCGAUUUUUAGAGCUACAGCAAGCCGAGGUAAUUGCAGAGCUCGAAUUGCGUGCUGCUAGUCGUAUGCAAAAAUCAGCUGAUUCGCAAUCAAACUAG